UUUGGUCGAAUUACAUUUUAAAUUUCAGUGCGCGCUCCUCUACCAAACCAGAGAGCCGGAGGAGCUGGUAACCCGCUUCACCAUCCACAGCCUGCCUCCACGCUACUAACAAACACCUGAGAACACCGCAGAAUGUCUGAAGAAAAGCCAAAGGAGGGAGUGAAGACGGAGAACGACCACAUUAACCUCAAGGUAGCUGGUCAGGAUGGGUCAGUCGUACAGUUCAAAAUCAAAAGGCACACUCCACUCAGCAAACUAAUGAAGGCGUACUGCGAAAGACAGGGUUUGUCAAUUCGUCAGAUAAGGUUUAGGUUUGAUGGACAGCCAAUUAAUGAAACAGACACACCUGCACAGCUGGAGAUGGAGGAUGAGGACACUAUUGAUGUAUUUCAGCAACAGACAGGAGGAGUCCAUUCUUAAGUGGGAUGUGAAGUCUUGGAAGAACACCAACACCAUUUCUUUCUCAUGUAUUUGUUUUUUUUCUGUUUCUCCUUAACACUUUUUUUUUCUUCCACUGUGCUUGGCUAAAUGUCAUGAUGAUUUCCAACAAAAAGGUUUUCAUUGGGGGCCAAAUCUUCUCUUUGAGAUGCAGGGUAACUUUUAAAACACGUUUUAUUCACAUAAAUGGAUGAUUUCCAAUUGUCCAAGGCAGGGAAAUGUCUCAAAUCGGAUAUGGCCUGUAAUGAAAAAGAACCCACUGUGGUGUUGAGAUGACCUCCUGCAUGUCUCAUAAAUCAUAAGCUGAAGUACAUGACAAUUUAAUGUUUAUUUUCACUUUUUAAGUUUUCCAGAUUGUUGUAAGCAUCAAAAUUCACAAUGGGCAUAGCUAUUUUAAAUCAUAUACUUGGUAGGGUUAUGUGAGGAGCAGUGCUGGACUGGAGACAGUAGUAAUCUGUCUGUAGAUGGGAAAGACAUUACAACAUAUUGUUCAUGUAACUGGUAGUUUUUUUUCUGGUUUGUAUUGUUUUUUUAGAGGACCAUUCAAGAGAAUUUGAGGGGUCCAUUCCCCAUUUACCUUUAACAAGAGACAUGUUUGUGCUUGGGAAGAUCCAUAUGAAUGAUUUACCUCAAUACUCUUACCCUCAAAAGCAGAUUUAAGUGAAUGGUAAAUAAAGUAUGGGAAGGUUUCUGGACCAAAAAUCCUACAUGUAAACCGUUCUUUUAUAAAAAGGGUUUGGUUAAUAUAAAAAUGUAGAUGUAAAGGUGUCUGUAACUCACUGCUUCAUAUUGUUAAACAGGGGGCAAACAUAUGUAAAUUGACUUCUUUAUACCUUUUUAGGACCUUAGAAAAAAACAUAUAAUCUUUACCAGUUCAGAAAGCGUCUCAUCUAAAGUGAAAUAUUUCAGUCUAUACAUACAUGCUGUGUUGCCAAUUUGAAUAAGUUUGUAAAAAGUCUAUCCAAACAUUAUCAGCUUGUUCUUUGUUUGAUGCUUGUGUGUUGGUAGAAAUUUUCUUGUAUAAGAAUGUCCACCUGCAUUUUUAAGAAUUAACGUUUUAGAUUUUGCACGGCGACAUUGGCAGAUAUUCCAUUUUUCUAUUUUGAUUUGUACAUUAUUUGUUGUCCCUAUACUGUAUACAAUAAAUAUAGUUUGAUACUCA